AUGGCAACAAGCCUGAGGCACCUCAACACCAUAUCACAGCCCACCAGAGCCGCACAAACAAUGUCACGGGCCACCCGGAUAUUCUCUCCCGCGACCGCAAUGCGCACAUUCAGCACCUCGCCCAGACGGUUACACGGGCAUAUACACACUCCCAAGCCCGGUGAAGAACUCUACGUUACCUUCAUCGACAAGGAAGCCCGCGAACACAAGGUCGCCGUGAGCAAGGGCGACAACCUUCUCGACGUGGCCCAGGCACACGACCUGGAGAUGGAGGGGGCCUGUGGCGGGUCCUGCGCCUGCAGCACCUGCCAUGUCAUCGUCCUGGACCAGGACCUCUACGACAAGAUGCCCGAGCCUGAGGACGACGAGAACGAUAUGCUGGACCUGGCCUUCGGCCUGACCGAGACGAGCCGCUUGGGCUGUCAGGUCACCAUGACCAAGGAGCUGGAUGGGUUGAAGGUCAGGCUGCCGAGCAUGACGAGGAAUCUGCAGGCCAGUGAUUUCAAGUCAUAG